AUGGAGCGUCUGACAAUACCAUUUCAGAAAUCCACACCAGAUGCCUCUUAUGCAGAUGCCCAUGCCAAGUUGGAUUGUCACCAGCCUUAUGGAUUCAUAAACACCUGUUUAAAAGCUCUUGUGGUGGAAAAAUAUGGGGAGGAAGCAUGGCAAAAAUUAAAAAGCCUUGCUGAGGUCCAGGAUACAUUUAUGACUUAUGAAGUUUAUGAUGAUGUUAUCACACUGAGAAUGGUCAAAGAGGCUUGCAGAAUGCUCCAUUUAUCUGAAGAAGAAGUUCUGAAGUUAUUUGGAGCGUAUUUCUUCUCCUUCUGUAAGCAGUCUGGAUACGAUCGAAUGUUGCGAACAUUGGGAGGGAAUCUGACGGAGUUUAUUGAGAAUCUAGAUGCUCUUCAUAGCUACCUGACGCUUUCCUAUAAGCAAAUGAAUGCUCCUUCCUUUCGAGUGGAAAAGACAAGUGAUGGAACCAUGCUGCUUCAUUACUACUCUGACAGAACCGGCUUUUGUCACAUAGUCCCAGGAAUUAUAGAAUCUGUGGCAAAAGAUUUCUUCAAUAGCAAUGUAACCAUGCGAAUCAUCUAUCAAACUGAGGAGAAGGAACGCACUGGGAAGAGAGAGCAUGUCAUAUUUGAAGUUCUCCAGAAGAUGGAAGGCCAAGCAAAAGCAAUUAAACCAAAAGAGAAUAUGGAAAAUAAAGAUCAAUCUCAAAAUCUGGUGGAGCCAAAUUCAUACAAUAAUUAUGUAUAGUGAGAAUCACGCUGGGCCAAAACCAGCUUGGGGAAUGUAAAGAAGUCUCACUGGGACAUCAUCAGGAACAUUGUCAGGUUUGGAAAAAGUGAUUUGCUAAAUACCUUCCAGCCAGUUUAUCCCAGCAGACUGUGGAUGGAUGAGAAGGUUUUCUGCAACGAGUUCCCCUUCCAUAUUGUGUUUGACAAACAAUUGAAAGUAAGACAGGCCGGAGUGAACAUACAGAAAUAUGUCCCUGGAAUCCAAACUAUCGACAUCAGAUUAGAUGAAUAUUUCACUAUCAUCCAUCCUCAAGUCACAUUUACCAUUGCAAACAUUCAGAUGUUCACUAAUAGUCAGUUUGUGCUGAAGACAAAGCGAGAAAUGAUGCCAGAAUACUGGAAGAAGCAGCCCAUGCUGAAGCUUCGAGGAUAUAUGAUAUGGAUGGAUUCCAUACAAUGCAUGAUCUACAUGUGUUCUCCAAAGCUGCGGAGUCUACAGGAACUAGAAGACAGGAACAUGCAUAUUUCUGAUAUUGCCAAACACGAUGUAACGAGAGACCUGAUUCUUUUGAACCAUCAAAGACUGGCUGAGAUGGAGUUGUCCAACCAGCUGGAGCGGAAGAAGGAAGAGCUGCGCAUAUUGUCUAAAAACCUGGAGAUUGAGAAGAAAAAAACCGAGAUGUUGUUGUAUUCUAUGCUUCCUCAGCACGUGGCCAAUCAGUUAAAGGAAGGCAAAAAAGUUCAAGCAGGAGAGUUUGAGACGUGCACAAUACUGUUCAGUGAUGUAGUGACAUUCACCAACAUCUGUUCUGCUUGUGAGCCCAUCCAAAUAGUGAACAUGCUUAAUGCAAUGUAUCUGAGAUUUGAUCACCUGACAAGUGUGCAUGAUGUGUACAAGGUAGAGACCAUUGGUGAUGCUUACAUGGUAGUUGGAGGAGUACCAGUUCCUAUGGAAACCCAUGCACAAAGAGUGGCUAACUUUGCUUUGGGCAUGAGAAUGGCAGCAAAAGAAGUAAUCAACCCUACAUCUGGAGACUCUAUUCAGAUCAGAGUUGGGAUUCACACUGGACCGGUGUUAGCUGGAGUUGUUGGGGAGAAGAUGCCAAGAUACUGCUUGUUUGGAGACACUGUCAAUACAGCUUCCAGGAUGGAAAGUCAUGGGGUUCCAGAUAAAAUUCACCUGAGUCCAACAAGCUUCAAUGCACUGAAACAUCAAGACUUUGAAAUAGAGGAAAGAGGAGCCAUUGAGGUAAAAGGUAAAGGUAAAAUGAUGACAUAUUUCUUGUUAAGGAAUUUGCAGUUAUCAGAAGAAGAAAUUAUGGGAAGGCAAAAGAAUCAAGACCUGGAGCAAAAUCCUAACUGCACUGUAGUACGCUACUUUCUUCCAGACUCAACUAAAACAGGGAAUUCUGAGAAAGGUGCUGAAAAUGAACCAAAAGAGAAAGGGGAAACAGAAGAGAAGAGUGGUGAUCUAUAUAAACUACUGUUGUUACGUUGUCGGACAGAACUUUCAGAUGCUGACCUCUUAAAAGCCAAACCCCUUUCCGUAUAA